ACGACUACGGCUUUUGCAGCCGCAUCCAAGGUCUGGAAGGGCAAACCUCCCGGUCAAUUUGGAUGGCUGCCUCUUGUCGCGGUGAUGUGGAUCAUGGGUGUGGUGAAUAUUGCAUGCAACAUCACGUUGGACCAAUCCAGCUGGUUCGACGGUGUCAGCGUCGUCUCUGGAGACAUCAGCGGCAUCACACAUACUGUGACCUACCGUAACGCCCCUGCUAGCCUGGCGGCUGUGUCGACGAUCUUCGUCAACCUUAUUCUAGCUGAUGGGUUUCUACUCUUCCGUGCACAUACCUAUUGGAAGAAGUGGUAUAUUACGGCUCCUUUGACUGUGGCUUGGCUCGUAGAGAUAGCUUUUGUGGCCGCACAAUGCGCUAUAAAUAAUGCGCCAUACUCCAGCUUCUGGGUAGGCGCGGGAUCUGGCAUAGACAUUCCAGGAGUUGCUGUCUCAGGGGCCUUGCGUUCGCUUCUCGGCAUCCUCAUUCUAGCGCGCAUCCUGUUCCUCCGUCGUGCGGUCGCGAGUACGCUCCCGCCAAUGGAUGGCUCCACCCUUUCCACAUUCCAGGCAGCCGUCGUGGAGACCGCACUGCCAUAUGGAAUAAUUUCUUUGGUGUACGUGAUCCUGUAUUGCAUCGGUCUCACGGCCGCGAACUACUUCCUUCCCUUGAUUGUCCAGCUGCAGGGCAUCAUUAUCAACUGCAUCCUGAUGCGUGAGCGCGGCCCCAAAGCACAGGAAGUAACGACCAGGACGAUCUACGCGGACGUCCUCCCUAUCGUCGCAGUCGAACUGCCACUCUCUGAGCACGUAUCGGCUGCGACGAUCCCAUCAUCUAUCUACAGCGCAGAGAACACGUCCAAGCGAUCGCUCCAGGAGAAGUCUCUGCCACCUGCGUAUGUUGUCUAACCGUCGUGUGAGACUUUGUACAGCAGCUUGUGCGGAGAAUUCUACCGGGUUAAUCGACGUUUCCCUCGAAUGUAUCAUCCUGUGUACGGACCUCUCAUACGAAUGCGUUAUAUCUUUG